AUGCUGAAAAGAAACAACACCAUAGUUAUGAGAGCUUUUGAUGCUAGUUUGAUUGAUGAUGGGGUUGCUUGCAUAUUGACUAUCAACAGGUACCUGCUUUGGUUCUUGACUGAUUUGACGCCUGUUUUCAUGAGGAGUUUGCAAUGUGUUAAAUUUGGGAAGCUGAACAAAUCGGUUGAGUUCCCAGAGAUUUUAGACAUGGCUCCAUAUGUUAGUGGGUCAAGUGAUAAGUCGCCAGUUUACAGGCUUUAUGGGGUGGUGGUUCAUGUAGAUACAAUGAAUGAUGCCUUUUCUGGUCAUUAUGUUUGCUAUGUUAAGAAUCAUCACAAUCAAUGGUUCAAAUUUAACGACACCAUGGUGAACGAGGCGGAUCUUCAACAUGUAUUAACAAAAGGCGCAUACAUGCUCUUUUAUGCAAGAUGCUCCCCACGGACCCCACAAUCAAUACGCAGCUCAAUAAUCCAGCAUCAAGAUGCACAAAAACACAAAACAUUCGUUCACUCCACUGAACCUUGGCAGGCUUGCAAUUACCAGCCGACUUCUUAUCUUGGUUACCGAUACCGGAGUCUGGAGUAGGAAUCUUCCUCCUCCAGUGACAACUCGGGGUUCUUCUCAGACUCAUGUUCUUGCAGCACAGAUAACAGCACCCAAAAGGA